UUUUGAAAACGACGAAAUGGCCACCGGGAAGCAACUGUAAACAACCAAAAAUUAUACGGAACCUUGAGCUUGCCGCAAAGAAAUGCCAAAAAUGUGCACACUGCAUAAAAACGUUUAGUGCGAAAGUGAAAAAAUUAACUUGCGAGUGCACGUAGUGUAAUUACGAAUUUGCGAGCUAUGGAGAAUUUCAUAGCCGAUGCGGCUGAAAAAAUGGAGGCGCCGCGCAAACGACUCGGAAGACCACCGAAAAACAAUAGCAGCAAUCAAUUAGCUGGAGCUGAGACACCAAGCAAUGAUGAAAUCGAUGCCGCUGCCACGGCAGCAGACACAUCAUGCAGACGCAGCACACGAAAGAAAAUUGCCAAAUUCGAUGUGCUCGAUGUGCUGAACAAAAGCCGCAAAACGCACAAAAUACAAAUCGAGGCACGCAUCGAUUCCAAUACGCCAACCACCAGCCAGAAUGUGGCAACUCCAACCUCCACACAAGGCCUCAGCUCGCCAAUCAAUCGCUUCAUUGCCGCUCGAGCUGCACCGCAACCAACGCCAACGCCUUCUGUGCCCGCCCUGGAGCUGUUCACGAAGCCUAAGCCAACGCCCAGCUUGAUUGUGUUGCAGGUGAGCAGCGAUAAGUCGCAAGAUUUGCCACAACGCAAACGUGGUCGUCCACGCAAGCAGCUGUCCAUGGACAACACUUCUAACAGCAGCAGUCCACAAGUGGAAAUAAAUGCGGAAAUUGUGACCAGUUUAAGUGGUGAAUCUUCCGACUCGGAUCUGGGAGUUGUAACAUCGAAUGUGCCCGCAAAUCUGGAGUUGCAAGAUGACAAUGCCUUGGAGUCGUCUCAAGCCUCCAACGACGAUGCGGAGACAGAGAUCAUAACUGUGCUGCAGUCCGAUGAAGAAGAUUCCGAUUCGCAGAUUAUUUUUGUGGAGAUUGAAACGGCAACUUCAGCGACUGGCGAGGAGCAAGAAGAUAGCAACAAUCCAGCUGAACAGCACAGCUUCAAAUUGAUAUUCCCCAAGGGCGAGAAUGCGGAGGAGGAAGUGGAGGCAACACCUAACGAUUCAAAUCCCUCAGAUCAAGAGUUUAUUGCGGCUGUUGAGGAACAGCUAGCCAAGGAUGAAGAAGAGGAACAGCCAGCCACUGAGCUGGAACUGAUAACUGAAGAGCUUAGCGAACAGGCAAGUGUCUGCGAGAUUGAUGAGGAAGUGCUGCUGUUGGAGCAAGCAGAACAGCUGAUAGAGGAGACGCAGGGUGAGGAGGACGUAAAUAUGGACACAGUAGAGGAUGCUAAACUGAAGAGCGUUGAAGAUGUAAGGAUGGAGACGGAAGACGAAACAAAACAGGAGAUUGUGGAAGAAGAAAAGAAGGAGAAAGUUAAUGAGGAUAUGGAGACUGCAGAUGAAGCAAAGCAGGAGACAGUAAAUGUGAAACUGGAGAAAGUAGAUGAAGCAAAGCAGGAGACAGCAGAUGAAAAACAGGAGACUGUAGAUGAUGUAAAUCAGAAGGCCACAGAUAAAACAAAGCCGGAGACUACGUUUUAUGUAGAUGAACCAAAACAAGACUUAAUAGUUGCUGCCAAGUUGGAGACUGUAGAUGAUGUAAAGUUGAUUGCUGAUGUUAUCAACGAAACAACAAAAGAUUGCCCUAAGGAAGAAGUUGAAGAAAAGCAGCAGCCACAGGAGAAGAAGACACAGCCGUCAACAGCAGAAAAAGUAAUCCCGAUAGAAUUGGGGACCAAGAUCUCAGAAGAAAUCCUAGAGCAGCCUGAACAAAAGCCAACGACUGAGACCAGCAAACUAAUAGCUGCCGAACAACCAAAGAAAGAUCACGUUAAAGUCACUUCAGAAUCUGCGCAAACUGAGGUGGCAGCUGAGUUGCCUGCCACAGCAAUUGAAAUGAAACUGUCAACUGAAGUGACAGACAAAGAAAUCAAAAUGAAAGCUACAACAAAAGAGCCUGAAGUCAAGCAGGCUAAGAAGGAGCCGCCUGCAAGUGAAGAUGCUGCAAUUGAGACGCCUCCAAUGAGGACAGAGCCAAGCAGCGGCAGCAAAGUCGAAGUCAUGGAAAGUCGCACCACCGACAAGAAGAAACCAACUGAAAGCCCAGGGCCAAGUCCGAAACGGGAGAAAUCUUCCACGCCUGCCAAGCUGCCGAUUGUGGAAUGCGAUGCGCUGUUCAAGGUGCUGGACGAGGCCAACGCACAGAUGCGUCAGGAGGAGAAGACUAAAAAGAAGCUCAAGCAAUCGGCCAAGAAGCAGAAGCAGGAGACCAUCAAGCAGAGUUCACCCACACCGCCAACGGCAGCCACAUCGCGUGGCAAGAAGUCGCAGAGCAAGAAGGCUUCGCGACGCAAUACAAUCAGCAGCGAGGAACAGCAACAGCAGCAGGAGAAGGAAACCCCUUCAGUGGCCACCAAUAAACGUCGCAAUUCGCUGCAUCCCUUCAAGGCGUCGCCAAGUCCCGAGCGUCGCCCCGAGUCGAGCGGCAAGAAAGCCAAGGAAAAGAAGCCGACACGCAAGUCAGCGACAGCGAAGGAAACAACAGAGACAACGGUUACAAAGGCAGAGCCAAGUCGUCGCAUUUCCACGCCCACCUCUGAGGCGGAGGAAUCCUUUUUGCUGGGCGACAUAGCCAAGUUCAUUGAGGAUGGCGUCAAGCUGCUCGAACGGGAUUACAGAGUAGAGGAUGAGCAACAGCAGCAACAACAACAACAACCGGAAGAGCCGGAGCAACAAAAGCAGGAAGAGCAGCAAGAAGAUGAGUUUGCCACGCGCGUGGCAAAUCUAGAGACGCCAGCCACCACACCGACACCCUCGCCCGCUGUAAGCACAGAGGAUUUGUCAUCGGGCGUGCGACGUUCGCAUCGCAUCAAGCAGAAGCCACAGAGCAGCAAAUCGUCGCAGGGACGCGGGAGCAGCGCGCACACGCCGUCGAUUAGCAUGGAGCAGCAGCUGUCGGAGUUGGCGCACAUCGAGGCCAUCAACGAGCAGUUUCUACGCCACGAGGGACUGAACACAUUCCAAACGCUCCGGGACAAUUACUAUCGCUGUGCUCGCCAGGUGAGCAAGGAGAACGCGGAGAUGCAAUGCGAUUGCUUUGUCACCGGCGAUGAGGAGGGCUUGGGACAGUUGCCUUGUGGCGAUGGCUGCAUCAAUCGCAUGCUGAUGAUAGAGUGCGGUCCGCUGUGCACGAAUGCGGAUCGCUGCACCAACAAGCGCUUCCAGCAGCAUCAGGGCUGGCCUUGUCGUGUCUUUCGCACCGAGAAGAAGGGUUGCGGCAUCACCGCCGAGUUGCAAAUACCGCCCGGGGAGUUCAUCAUGGAGUACGUGGGCGAAGUGAUUGACAGCGAGGAGUUUGAGCGACGUCAGCACUUGUAUUCCGAGGAUCGCAAUCGUCACUAUUACUUCAUGGCGUUGCGCGGCGAAGCCAUUAUCGAUGCCACAUCCAAGGGCAACAUUUCGCGCUACAUUAAUCACAGCUGUGAUCCGAAUGCCGAGACCCAAAAGUGGACAGUCAACGGCGAAUUGCGCAUCGGUUUCUUCAGUGUGAAGACCAUUUUGCCAGGUGAGGAGAUUACAUUCGAUUAUCAAUAUCAACGCUAUGGACGCGAUGCUCAGCGCUGCUAUUGCGAGUCGGCGAAUUGUCGUGGCUGGAUUGGCAACGAACCAGAGUCGGAUGAGGGCGAGCAACUGGACACGGAUAGCGAAAGCGAACAGGAGUCACUCAACGAGGAGCCACGCCUCGAGCAGGAACAAAACAAAACCAAACCCAGCAAGGGAGCGAAGACCAAGGCACAAUCCAAGUUGCCCGCAGCAGCGCGCAAGAAGCGCAAGGAGCAGCCCAAGGCCAAGGAUCGCGAGUACAAAGCCGGACGUUGGCUCCGUCCAUCGGGCGGCAGCAGUGAGAAGUCUGCAAGCGGUAAACACGAUCACGUCGAAGAUCCGGAUGUGCUGGAGCAGCUCACGUUGCUCACACGCAGCGGGCUCAAGAAUCAGCUGGACACAUUGCGUUUCUCGCGUUGCAUGGUGCGCGCCAAGCUGCUAGAGAGUCGCCUCCAAUUGCUGGGUGUGCUCACACGCGGCGAGUUGCCCUGUCGCCGUCUCUUCCUCGACUACCAUGGUUUGCGGUUGCUGCAGGCGUGGAUUAGCGAGAGCGGCAGCGAUCAGCAGCUGCGUUUGGCGCUGCUUGAUGCCCUCGAAUCGCUGCCCAUACCCAACAAGACCAUGUUGAACGACAGUCGCGUGUACCAGAGCGUGCAGCUCUGGAGCAACCAGUCUGGAGAGCCGGCCCAACCGGACAUGGAACGCAUCUUGGCGCUGCUACAAAAAUGGAAUGGUCUGCCGGAGAUCUUUCGCAUACCGAAACGUGAGCGCAUCGAGCAGAUGAAGGAGCACGAACGUGAAGCGGAUCGUCAGCAACAAGACAAACCGGCACUGGAGGAGAGCAACAGCGCCUCGUCGGUGCUAAGCAGCGAUCGUUAUCGUCAGGAUCGCUUCAGGCGCGACACGAGCAGUCGCUACGAGAAGUCAAAGCCGCCAUCGCGUAUGAGCGGCAACAAUACCAUCUGCACCAUCACCAGUACUGCCAACUCCGAGGGCGCCAACGGCGGAGGCGGCGGCAAGUCCGAAAGUCGUCGACGCUCCGAGUUUGAUCCACGUCGCGCCAUCACCAAGGAAAUGCGUCGAUCGCUAUUUGAGCGCAAGGUCGCCCAGGACGAAGCAGAGAAGCGUGUAGGAAGCGAGGACUUCCGUGAGCACGAGCUACGCUGCGAAUACUUUGGCGCCGAUCUCAACACUGAUCCUAAACAGCUGCCCUUCUAUCAGAACACCGAGACCAACGAGUGGUUCAACAGCGAUGAUCAGCCGGUAGCAGCUCCAUUGCGUUGUGGCGACAUUACUGAGCCACCCUCGCCUGAAAGUCCCGCCGAUGUGGAGUACAAGUUGCCGCCCAACAUCGAACCGCUGCCGCUCUCUUGGACCUGGGCACGUACCCCAGAGGGUGACAUCUACUAUUAUCAUUUGCGUGAUCGCGAGCCACAGUGGGAGCCACCAACCGCCGAGCAGCGUCUGCAGAAGCUGGUGGAGGAUGAGCCGGAGCCGGUGCCAGCAACGGAAACGGACGACGAAGCUAACGCUGAUCAUCUUAUCAAAGUGGACAUUGAUUUUGGAGCACAACUCAGUGCAGCGGCCAUGGAUCACUUGGUGGAGAUCAAGGUACGCGAACGACGCGAGAAGCGACGCAAUCGUCUGGUCUCAGUGCGUGUUAUAAGUCCACGACGUGAGGAGGAUCGUCUCUACAAUCAGCAGGAGUCCCGCAAGUACAAGGAGAACAAGGAGAAGAUACGACGCCGCAAGGAAGUCUAUCGUCGCACACGUAUCGAGACUAGUGCCACAGAGGCCGACGAUGAGGAUCAGCCUGCUGAUGCGUUGCCCAUACAUCGCUAUCUCUAUUCAUCGGACGAGGAGGCCACCACCGAUGGCGAUUGUCUGCCCGAAGCCGAGGCGGAGCAAGAGCCGGGACGUUCUAGCGAAACUGAAUCGAUGGGCAGCUCUAAGCGCAAGCUACCCAUUCCGGAGGGUCUAAAGAAGCACCGCAGCGAACGCGACAAGAAGCGCAAGACCGCUAGCAUUGCCCGCGAGGCCAGCGAUAAAUUCCACUUUGAGAUCAGCGCUCAUGUGGCCGAAUUUUUGCGUCCUUAUCGCCAAGAGACUUGCCAGUUGGGUCGCAUCACAAGCGACGAGGACUACAAGUUCCUCAUAAAGCGGCUGAGCCAUCACAUUACCACCAAGGAGACGCGCUAUUGUGAGGCGACCAGCAACCCUUUGGCUUGCACCGAGUCAGUAAAGCACAAGUCCUAUGACUUUAUCAAGCAAUACAUGCGCAAGAAGGGACCCAUCUAUAAGAAACCUUCGGAUAAAAUGGACUAAACUCAACUUCCAGUUAAUUUCCUUCAAGGGAAAAUACGUACUAUUAACGAAAUAUCGAAAUAUUGAAAAUUGUUUCUUUAUCAUUUAUUUUAAGUUAUUUUUAAGAUCUAUACCCUAAGGAAGGGUAAAAUGUGAAGUACUCUCUUUUUGUUAUAACCAUAAUAAAUAAUCAAACUAGACAACAAAUAAUUG